AUGCGCUCCGUGACCUUCGUAACUCCCCUCCUCCUUGCACUCUCCGCAACAGCUCAAUCGCCCGACACAGCAGCCAUCGCCGCCGAAGCGACCUCCGCCCUCGCAGGAAUCGACACCGCGUCCGCCGCUGCCGCCGCGACGUCGCUCCUGGGUCAAGCGAGCGGCGGACUCGCUGAUGGGAUCUCGGCGGUCGAGAGCUUCGCCAAUGGAGCGAGCAUACCGACGGCUGUCGCGUCGUUCACGAGUCAGUAUGGGUCACAGAUUCAGGGUCUUGUCUCGAGCGCUGUUGCCAAUCCUGCCGGCGCCGCUUCCUCCGCCGAGGCACUCCUCAACUCCGCCAUGGGCAACGCCGACGUCUCCUCCUUCCUCGCCGCCAACCCCACCCUCUCGGCUCUCGCAGGACAAGCGACAAGCUUGUUGGGUAGUGGAGCGGGAUCCACGGCGGGCAGCGGGAACGCAGGAUCGGUAGACACGCAGAACACGAAUGGAGCGGGAGGGAAGUGGGUCGGGAUGGGAAGUGCGGCGCUGCUGGGCGGGACUGUCGGAGUUGCGGUCGUCUUGAUGUGA